AGCCACUGGCCACGUCUCAAGACUCCGCUUCGCAUACAGCCGGAGUGUGGAAGUAGCCGAGCCGCUGCUGGCCGAAGACAGAGUGGAAGAGAGGAGAGGACCGCGGGUCGUUGGGACAUAGUGUACUGCGCAGCGGCUCCGUCGCCAGGCAGAACGACCGAGAACAAAGCGAAAGCUCUUGCAUUCAUCCUCAACUGUCUUUUCUGCAGAAGAGGCAACACACUGUUUCACAGAAGACGAAAAAAAGAAGAUCCACAUCAAACACCACACACUGACAGUGAUCCACAGCCAUCAUGCCCCGCUGCAGAGUGAACCUCAGCACCAUGAUUUUCCUGCUGAUCCUGCAGGGGUCAGCAGUAGUGCUGUUCUGCAGCUGGUACGUCCAGCUCAGUCCCUGCAGCUCUGCAUCCUCCAACGACAAAGUUCACGUUCUGCUACUGUCGUCGUGGCGAUCAGGCUCAUCCUUCCUUGGUCAGGUGUUCAGUCAGCACCCAUCUGUCUUCUAUCUUAUGGAGCCUGCUUGGCAUGUGUGGACCAAACUGCAGAAACCUGGGGCGAGGGCGCUCCGAAUGGCCGUGAGGGAUCUAUUACGGAGUGUAUUCCAGUGUGAUUUCUCUGUAAUGGAGGCCUACCUUCCAGAGCAGUAUAAUGUUUCCUCCUUGUUUAUGUGGAGUCACAGUCGAGCACUGUGCUCACCACCAGCCUGUCCUCUCACACCACGCAACCGCUUCAGCAACCAGACUCAGUGUUUUCAGACAUGUGAUGCUAUGGGCCUGCAGAGGGUGGAGGAGGCCUGUGGCACUUACAGUCACGUGGUGUUAAAAGAAGUGCGAUUUUUUGAGCUGGAAUCCCUCUAUCCACUUCUGCAGGACCCAAGUCUAGAUCUCCGCAUAAUCCACCUGGUCCGAGACCCGCGGGCUGUGGUGCGGUCUAGAGAGGAGUCAGCCAAAGCCUUUGUCAGUGAUAACGCCAUUGUCUUGGAGCAAAGAAGCAUAGCAGCAGGUGAGGUGCAGUAUCAAGUCAUGCAGGAGAUCUGUCGUAGCCAUGUGCGCAUAAAUGAGAGGGCCAUCCUUAAGCCCCCUCCAUUUUUAAAAGGCCGCUACAAAAUGGUCCGCUAUGAGGAUUUGGCACGCAACCCUCUUGGGGAAAUAACUGCCAUGUAUGACUUUGUAGGUCUGGAGAUGACCAGACAGUUGGAGGAAUGGAUCUACAAAGUGACCCAUGGAAAAGGCAAAGGCUCCAAGAAAGAGGCCUUUAAAAUCACUUCACGAAAUGCUGCUGAUGUCUCCCAGGCUUGGCGUAACAUGCUGCCACACAGCAAGGUCAAACGUAUCCAGGAAGUGUGUAAAGGGGCCAUGUCAUUGCUCGGGUACAGGACAGUUAACAGUGAAAAAGAACAGAAGAGACUUGACAUAGACCUGCUUGUGCCAAGAGAACCGUAUCAGUUCAGCUGGUUACCAGCUAAAACAGAGCAUCCAAGUAAUAGUUAAAACAAUUACCAAGAGACUACAUGGGACUGAAUAUGUGCAUGUGUGUG